AUAUUUUUCAAAAUAAAAAACAAUGAUUUAAUAUAGCACAUUCCUAAUAUACACACUUACAUAUCUUUAUGGUUAGCAAUUUGGUUGAAGCUAAAACUUUUGUGAGAUCUUCGUACAGUACAUUCUUAUAAGGCACUAUAUAAGUCCUUUUCCCACAAUCUCCACGGCAAUGCUCAUCUCGUUUGCUUACAGAACACCAUGCUUUUGGAUUACCCGCAACACCCAUCCCAAAACCUAACGUGCAAGGAUGCAUCAACAGUGGUUUUGUCCAGUUUGUUUCCUUUCUUGCAAGCCACACACUUCACUCCUGGCUUGUCUAGUCUCAAUCCAGGAGCUACAGGGCAACAAACCACACGUAUGUCGUUCGUGAACACAUUGCUAUCAUUUGGGGACCCAAACAAAUAUAGAAGUGUCCUUUCUGCACCGAGUUUCUUCAACUUUGGGACUAGACAUAUGGGAAAAUGUCUUUGUUCCUAACAUGUUAAGGCAUCCUGUCACAAGGCACAAGGUUUGCUUUCCUUCAUCAAACAGAAACCGACCGGAAUCUCAUCUAUCAAUUUGGGCUCCACAAAGGCCUUCUAGCUUAGCCACGACGCAAUAGUUAUAAAGCUCUUCGAAGACAAGUGAACUCCCAAAACACAUAUCCUUCUUCGUCACAACUAAGACCACCCUUUCAUCUAUAAAUAUUUCCUCCAUGGAAAGCUUGUUCUUCCAGCAUUUUUGAGACCCAGCCAUGGCAAUCUUUGCAAUACUAUAUUUUGCCACUGCCUUCAUGGCGAGCACUGAGGCUCUCACUAGAGCUGACUUCCCUAGUGAUUUUGUUUUUGGAACAGCUUCUUCAGCUUUCCAGGUCCGCGUUUUUCGAGUAGUCUCCUUUACCAUGCCCUUUCAAUCCACCAUUCUUCUUUGAAAGAAGGAUCAUGUCUUUUUAUGAAUUGAUUUUAGUUUGAAGGAGCUGUGAACGAGGGGAAAAGAGGAGACAGUAUAUGGGAUACUUUCACAAGGAGACCAGGAAGGAUUUUGGAUUUUAGCAAUGCAGAAAUAGCAGUCGAUCAGUAUCAUCGAUAUAAGAAGAAAUGAGCAUAAGGAGAACAGUUACCUAUUAGUUGACAAAUGAGAAAAAGGAUGACUUUACCGACAUAAAGAUUUAUACUGACCCAAAUGCACAGACUGAUGUGGACCUGAUGAAGGACAUGGGAAUGGAUGCAUACAGAUUCUCAAUCUCAUGGUCCAGGAUCUUCCCAAAUGGAACUGGGGAACCCAACCCUGAAGGAAUUAGCCACUACAACAGUCUCAUAGACGCUUUGUUAGAGAAAGGAUUACAGCCAUAUGUUACUCUCUAUCACUGGGACCUUCCGCAGUCUCUCGAAGAUAGAUAUGAUGGAUGGCUGAGCAGACAAAUAGUCGAAGACUUUGAGCAUUAUGCCCGCACUUGCUUUGAAACUUUUGGGGAUAGAGUAAAGCAUUGGAUCACUUUCAAUGAACCUCAUGGAUUCUCAAUUCAGGGUUAUGACACAGGCCUGCAAGCUCCAGGAAGAUGUUCCAUCCUAUCUCACUUGUUAUGCAGAAAGGGUAAAUCAUCAACGGAACCGUACAUUGUUGCUCACAAUAUCCUCUUAUCACAUGCUGCUGCGUUUCAUACUUACAAGCGCAACUUUAAGGCAAAACAGGAUGGUGCUAUUGGAAUUGCUCUGGAUUCCAAAUGGUAUGAACCAAUAUCUGAUGCAGAUGAGGACCAGGAUGCUGCUCAUAGGGCAAUGGACUUCGAAUUAGGAUGGUUCUUGGAUCCCCUAAUCUUUGGGCACUAUCCUCGCUCCAUGCAGAAUAUUGUAGGCAGCAGGCUGCCAAAUAUUACAAGCAAGAUGUCUAAGUCAUUGGCUGGGACACUAGAUUUUGUAGGCAUAAACCACUACACCACAUUAUAUGUGCGCAAUGAUCGAAUCAGAAUAUGGAAUCUUGUAUUGGAUGAUGCUUCAACUGAUGCAGGUGUAAUUGCAACUUCUUUCCGACAUGGAGAGAUGAUUGGUGAAAGAGCUGCAUCACACUGGCUGCACAUAGUCCCAUGGGGAAUUCGCAAGCUAAUGAGAUACAUCAAGGAGAAGUAUGGAAAUCCAUUAGUUAUUAUAACAGAAAAUGGUAUGGAUGACUCAAACAACCCAUUUGCUACUCUAGACAAAGCGCUAGAGGAUAACAAGAGGAUACAUUACCAUAAUGACUAUCUUUCUAAUCUAAGCGCCGCCGUAAGGGAGGAUGGCUGCAAUGUACGUGGUUACUUUGUGUGGUCGCUACUCGAUAACUGGGAAUGGAACUCGGGCUACACGGUUCGAUUUGGCCUCUAUUUUGUUGAUUACAGGGACAACCUCAAAAGGAUACCCAAAGCUUCUGUUAAAUGGUUCAAACAUUUUCUACAAAGACAGUAAUGUGCAAUUCUACUAAAGAAAAUAAUAUGUGAAUUACAGUUCACAGUGACAAAAUCACUAGCCAUUUUCAAACAUGUUGUACAAGAACCACUUGUAAGAACUUUGUCAUCUUCAUCAAAUUUUUUAAUAUAUCAUCCAUUCCAUUAGUCAUAAAA